CUGGUGCAACGCGCGGCUCCCUAGACAAUCCCACACAGAAUCGACUCCUGCAACGCACUGAAGUGACGUCACUAAACGACAACGUCACGUGCAUGUGUAUUUCCGAUUUUUUAAGGGCGCGUGGUUUGAUUGCUUGUUUGCACGUGACAUUCAGUACGCAUCCCGUCAACCGCACUUGUGGGUCGUGCUUUUCUGCUGCCGCUGGUGCUGGUCCCAAGCCCUGGUUCUGCUGCAUCCUCGCAAGCCUUUAACAUCAUCAUUUUAUAUGCGCGAAAGCUGCUUUGCAGGGUUAUUUUAUAUUUGCUAGCGUUAUUUAUAUCUAUUCUAAUAAGUAUUUUGAUUGUAUUUUGAUUGUGUUUGUCGCGUAUUUGCCGAUCUUGCUGUCCUUGUUCGCGACCGCUUGCUUUGUUCAACCCUAGCGCGGAUUUCUCGGAUUCAACAAGUAUAGUGCUGACUAGAAGGUAGCCUCCUUUCGAUUGUGAAAAAGCUCAGAUUUAUUUUCUCGCAGUCUUUCUUUUUUUCUUCUAGGUGUCAUUUUAGAUUGCACUGCUUGCAACAUGACACGUGUUUUGGUUUCCGGUGACUGGAUGGUGAAAUACACGGACCAGUAUUUCCCAUCGCGUCGUAGUUUCUCAGUCAGUGUUGCCGCGCAUAGAGGAGUAAGGAUUGAGCAUUUGCUGUCAAUGAUUGCUGACAAGCUAGCGGGUUUUGAUGUUGUUAUUGUGCACGUUGGCACUAACAACACUGUUGACAGUGUCAGCGUGUGCAUGGACAAGUAUCGCCAGCUCGCUCAGGGGAUCAUUGAAAGAAAUCCCAUUGUGCAUGUAGCUUUUUCUGCCAUUCUUCCUCGGGGGCAGAAUCAGUACAGCUCAUGGGAAGCUCAGUCCUCUUGGUUGCAUGACCUGAAUGAUAACUACAUAAAGUUUAACACUGCCCUGAUGCAGUACUGCCACGAGUGCGGCUACACAUUCCUGGGUGGUCUCGUGGACAACUGGUCCAGUUGCCUGAGCAGAGAUGGCGCCCACCCGAGCCGCUUUGGUAACAAGGUGCUGGCAGACUUCCUGUACCAGGGGGCCUGCACCCUGUCCAUCCAUCUGGAGAGAAGCCGCAUCCAGCAGUCCUACAAGGAGACCCAGGCACCGGUUGGACUCUGUAGGACAGCAUCCCUGCCAUCUACGAGGCUGACUUUUUCCCACUUGGUUUGCACAUUUUCAUUUCUUCUCAAGCAGCAAGUGGACCUUCCACAGCACCAGCUCCUGUCUGGAAAGCCAGUACUGCUUCCUUGCAGAGACACGGCGCCAACCAGCCGACCAAAACCCUUCAACGGCUAUUUGAUUUGACGUGGGCACAAUUCAGCCUCUAGAACAUCAACAACCCCAGCAUCUCAUCGUUCUUGACGACACCAGCUGGUGUCGACAAUCCGUCAGGAACGCGUUUCUUGUGGUCGAAGCUUUAAUGUGGGCAGGUUAACUUUGUAUUAUUCAAUUGGAAAACCUGAUCAAUCUGCUUCUAAGUAGUAGCAAAUAUUCCGGAUAUUCAACUGUGUUACAAGAUUUGCUUGCCAUCGGUCUGGUACUGAUUUAGCAACCAAAAUCUGUACUGACAUUGCCCCAUUACCUUCCCAUUGCCGCAAGUCUCGGCGGAGCCUGACCACUACAGAGCACGUUCUCGGGUGGCGGAUAGAGAAAACUCUUCUCAUAAAGCUGCGCUAAGCAGCUUCAUGCAAGACAGGCACUUGUGCCUGCGGACCAACAGGCUAAGAAAAUGCUAAACAGCAGCACUCAGGUUGUCACAGUGACAUGUUCAUCUCAGAGUGCAAGUUACAGAUUCUAUUUAAUCCUUUGUACUUCACCUGCAUUUUUUCCCUCUCUAGUACAGGUCCACUAGAUGUACCAGCUGCAUGCAUUCACACUACCAUCAAGUCAUCAGGAGCGUGUGUACCUCUAUCUAAAUAUUACACUAUUGUCUAAGAUGGAAAAUCAGACUUGUAUAUUUUGCUGUAAUGGUUCUGCCAAUUAAAGACUGAUUAUA